UCUUCUUCAUUCUCGCUUCUAAUGUUUCAUAAUGUUUACUUCUUAACUUUCGUCUGCUCGAGCACGCCUUUCGGCCAACGUCUGUGUGUAGUGUAUUCUCAAGUUUUACGUAGACGACGAUGCCCUUUUCUGUUUUCUAAAAGUAAACGGACUACCAAAUUUAGAAAGAUGGGGAAGGUUAUGUCGGCACUUGGCCGUAGAGCAACAAAACCAAUUAGAGACUUCAAUGUAGAGAGCAGAGCACACAGAGAAAUCACAAAGGAGAAGCGGCCAGUAGCACCAAGGCACGAAUCCACAAGACUAAUCAUAGAGGAAUCCAUUAGAAAUCAGCCAGAGGAGGUGAAGAAAAGUCUUGAGGAAAAAGAUGAUAUCUUGCUUAACAGACUGAAGCAGAUCUAUGUCACUUCAGAGGAUCCAAUGCCUACAAAGGAAAUCCCUGACAACCCAGAACGAUCACUACCGUCAGAUCGUUCAUAUGUAGCAGACCCUGAGUAUGGCUUUUAUGAACCAAAAGUAAGUAAUUGUUUUAUUACUUGUCCAGUACAUUGUCAGAUCCAUAUUUUUGGACACUGGCUUUAUUAGUAUAAAUCUUAUUAA